AUGAAUGAUAGCUAUGAUAGCUUAUUCAAAAUUUUGUUAAUUGGAGAUAGUGGUGUUGGGAAAUCCUGUUUACUCCUUCGUUUUGCCGAUGAUACCUACACAGAUAGUUACAUUAGCACAAUAGGAGUGGACUUCAAAAUUAAAACUAUAGAAAUUGAUGAUAAAAUAAUAAAAUUGCAAAUAUGGGAUACAGCGGGACAGGAAAGGUUCAGAACAAUAACAUCAUCAUAUUAUAGAGGAGCGCAAGGUAUUAUCAUAGUAUACGAUGUGACAGAUAGAGACAGUUUCAAUAACGUCAAAAACUGGAUAAUUGAGAUAGAAAAGUAUGCUUCGGAGGAUGUUCAAAAAAUACUGAUAGGGAAUAAAAUAGAUUUAAAAAAUGAUCGAAGUGUAAGUUAUGAAGAAGGAAAAGAAUUAGCCGAUAGUUGUAAUAUUCAAUUUUUAGAAACCUCAGCUAAAAUAGCCCAUAAUGUUGAACAGGCGUUUAAAACGAUGGCAUAUGAAAUAAAAAAUAAGUCUCAACUUGAAAAUCAGCAAAAAGGAAGGACACACAUAAACUUGAACGCAAAACCAGUUAAGGAUAAUAAAAAAAAGUGUUGCUAA